AUGUGCUCCAUCGCUGCAGAAGUUUUUGCUGAAACGAAAAAAUUUAUAAAAAACCAAAUCCCAGCUGCAGCAGGAGAGCUCGUACAGCAGCAGCAACUGCAACAGCAGCAGCAGCAGCAGCAGCAGCAGCAGCAGCAGCAGCAGCAGCAGCAGCAGCAGCAGGAGAGGUGGGAGAAGAAGAGGGGAAUGAGGAGAAAUUGCAGCAAAAAAAAUGCUGCUGAUGGCUUUGUAGAAUCCAAGAUACCAUCGACAGCAGCAGCAGCAGCAGCAGCAGCAGCAGCAGCAGCAGCAGCAGCAACAGCAGCAGCAGCAGCAGGCUCACACGUUGCUGGUAGAAGCGUUGUAUUGUUUGUCUUUGUUUUGGGUCUGUUCUUGAUGCUGCUAAAGUUAUAUGAUUCAUUUGCUUCAUUCGUAGCUGCUGCAGCAAAGGCUGCAACGCUGUGCACUGCAGCGGCAGCAACACGUGGCCGUCUUCUGUAG